AUGACAAACUUCGAUGUUCAAAUCGUCUCGGACACCAUCUGCCCCUGGUGCUACCUGGGUCAGAAACGGCUCGGCCAAGCCAUCGAAAUCUACAAGAAAACGUAUCCCGGGGCCCAAGGUGACACUUUCACAAUCAGUUGGCAUCCAUUCUAUCUUGAGCCAGACGCCCCCAAGGUUGGAGUGAGCACGUAUGAGAGAAUGAAUGAGAAAUUUGGGGAGGCCCGCGCGGAGACAAUGCGUGCACAGCUGCAAAAGCUUGGCAAGCUCGAUGGUAUUGACUACACAUUUCGGGGCAAAAGGGGUAGCACAAGAGACUCACACCGUGUCAUCUAUCUUGCUGGCCAGAAGGGCCCUGAAAUCCAAAACAAGGUCGUUGAGGAGAUUUUCAAGAGCUACUUUGAGAAUGGUGGGGACCUGACAUCCCAGAAUAUGCUUACUGAAGCUGGCGUGAAAGGCGGCCUCGACAGGGAUGAGGUUAGCUCGUAUUUAGAGGAAGGGAAAGGAGGCGACGAGGUGGACAAAGAAGUACAGAGAGCAUACGGGAAAUUCAUUCACGCGGUCCCUAAUAUUGUCAUCGAGGGCAAAUACCAGGUCCAAGGCGCAGAUGAUCCAGAUGAGUUGGCGGAGGGCUUCGCAAGACUCAAGAAGGAAAAGCAGGGCCUUGAAUAG